AUGAAGAAAAAGGAACAGAAGAUCAAAGUGACUUUUGUUAUUUCGCGGAUCGAUUAUAGUGGUCUCUCUACAGAGAUUGAUCCAAUCACUAUAUGUUAUGACCGAGGCAAGAACAGUGGUGUUUCUGACAAGGUACAAUUAAACACGACCAUCAAUGUGAAAUUCGAAUUUAUUUCAACGUUUAUCACAAAAAGUACUUCCCAAGGGACUUACAAACCAAAACUCAUCACCGUUCGCGUAGUCAGUGCAAAGUCAAAGCAAGGCGAACUCUUCAAUUUCUCACAAGACCUUUCCGAUUUACUCAUCGCAAAAGUGCAAGAAAAAACAGUCGAAUUUAAUUACAAAAAGUACAAAUUCUCUUUGCACUACGCCGCAGUGUUCGAGUAUGGUAAUAUUCUUCAACAUAAUAACAUAGGCUUCGAUUGCAAAAUAUCACACAAAAAGGCUAACUCAGACGCUACUAAACAAGAAAACACGGCUUUUGUUAAGACCUUAAUGCUCAAACAAAGAAAUAGUGCAAAUGUCUUUUCGCAACAGAAAGCUAUGUCAAGCGACACAACACCGGAGACUAUCAAAUAUCGACACAAAAGUGUUAGAAUCAAUUUGCAUGAACAAGAAACGGUCUCGCUGCCUUCUCCAUUCAACGAGUUACAAAAAGAUAUCGCAAACGCCGCAAUUUUCAUGCAAAUGGAAAUUGAAACACAUGGAAGAAAUACAAUAUACACACAACUCAUGUUCGACGCUCUCACAAAAAACGACGUUUUCAAUACAGAUAAUAUCGUGUCAAAUGUCAUCAUACAAGACAUCGCAAAAGCAACGAAACACGACUUGAUGAAAUUCCAAGAAGGGUUGUAUUUACUCUCGUCACUCACACGACUCUAUUUGAUGCUUUUGAAAGAAGCUGAAAAGAGUCGUUCAAUUCCGUUGAACCACUUUAACGCGUCGCUCAAAGAAAUUAACAAAGAGUUGUACUCUUCUGUUAUGUCGUUGAUGGUGCCGAAACUUAAAGCCGCUGUCGACCAGUUGUUUGAGGGGCGUUGCGAAAACUUCAAACCCAUAAUGGACGAAUUCGAACAACUCAGAACGGAAUUCACCACCUUUGAAUUGGUCCCACCGUUACAAAAACUGGUUUUAAGAGAGGCCACGCGCCUUCUUAAUUUACUUAUGUUCAACGCAUUGACUUCGAAGACACAAGACUUGUGCAACACACAAACUUCUCUUCAAAUUUCUAUUGGGUUGAACACCUUGUUAGACUUCUUGAAACGGAAAUUUGGGAAGAUAUUCGAAGAGGACCCCUUCUGCUUUGUUAGUGAAUCUGUUCGAGUACUAUUGCUCAAUGACAAAACAAUUUUGGAAGACGACGAAGCGCGUUCAAAUGUAUGUCCGCACCUCACAACACAUUGUUUGAACACGUUGAUAUGUUGGUCACAUCCUACAACUUCAAGCACAUCUGCAAGCUGCUUGACUUCGAAAUUAGAAGCCCAAGACUUCAAGCCCACAUUCUAUAACACCGACUUAAAGUCGAUUUUCAAAGAGAUGGAAUUCAUCGAAUUCGUCAAGAGUUCUACGUCGCUCACUUUCACGCCCUUCGACUUCUUUGCCGUGCCCUUCGUGAAGAGAGCCUACCUCAAAGUGUAA